AUGGGACAAAUACAAAGCCGAAAAGACGAUGAAAAGGCAGAUGCAUUUGCGUUUUUUGACAGAUACGAUGUACAGGGUUCUUCUGGGUUGUUUAAAGGAUCUUUAGGGAGUUACCGAUCUCAAAAAAAUGCAUCUUUCCGUGGAUAUGAUAAGGAAAAAAAAGAACGUUUAAAAGGAUUAGAAGGGAUGUGCAAAGAAGUUCCAGGAAGGACUGUAGAGGGUUUAGCACUGGAGAGAGCAUCUAUGACUGACAGGGUUUCAGAUAAAAUGUCAGAACUGGAACUAUCAGAACGAGCAGCGACUAUUGGGGCAUCAGCAGCUGAUGUUUUUUCAUUUAAAAACUUUGGUUAUAACCGGGGCACUAUACCAUCCUUUUCUUCUCUUGAAGACUCUCAGCAAAGAAAAGGGGCUAUCCAGAGUAAAGAAAGUGAGAUAGAUAGUGGCAGAUAUCCGUCCAAUGCUUCUAUUACACAGUCAUCUUUAUCUAUUCUUCAACCUAAAGAUACGAUUCACACAAAACGUGAAGUAGACACUAUUUCUGAUACAGCUGCAUCAUUUAGUUCCUUAAAUGCUAACGGAGAGCCUUCUAAUUUUAUGUUUUUUCCCUCGUAUCUUGCUCUUAAAAAUUUGGAUGUGGACGAUAUGAUUCAAAGAUUGUUGGAUGCAGGAUAUUCUGGAAAAGUCACAAAAGCAAUAUGUCUUAAGAAUGCGGAAGUUUUUGCUAUAUGCCGGGCUGCACGUGAAGUAUUUUUAUCUCAACCUUCUUUGUUAGAACUUACACCACCUGUUAAAAUUGUUGGAGAUGUUCAUGGACAGUAUGCUGAUUUAAUCCGUCUAUUUGAAAUGUGUGGGUUUCCCCCAUCUGCAAAUUAUUUAUUCCUUGGAGAUUAUGUAGAUCGAGGAAAGCAAAGUCUUGAAACAAUUUUAUUAUUAUUAUGUUAUAAAAUUAAGUAUCCGGACAAUUUUUUCCUUUUGAGAGGAAAUCAUGAAUGUGCUAAUGUUACGAGAGUUUAUGGUUUUUAUGAUGAAUGCAAGCGAAGAUGUAAUAUUAAAAUUUGGAAGACAUUUGUUGAUGUGUUUAAUACGUUACCGAUUGCAUCUAUUGUUGCUUCGAAAAUAUUUUGUGUGCAUGGGGGAUUGUCUCCUUCACUUUCAUAUAUGGAUGAAAUUCGACAACUUGAACGUCCUACUGAUGUUCCUGAUUAUGGUUUGCUUAAUGAUCUUCUAUGGUCUGAUCCUACAGAAACGACGAAUGGUUGGGAAGAUAAUGAACGCGGUGUAAGUUAUUGUUUUGGGAAAAACGUUAUUCAGCAAUUUCUUCAAAGACACGAUUUCGAUUUAAUAUGUCGGGCACAUAUGGUUGUAGAAGAUGGAUAUGAAUUUUUUAAUGAACGUACAUUAGUCACUAUAUUUUCUGCUCCAAAUUACUGUGGAGAGUUUGACAAUUUUGGUGCUGUUAUGUCUGUUUCGGAAGAACUUUUAUGCUCAUUUGAGUUACUAAAGCCUUUAGAUUCUCAACAAUUAAAACAAAAGAUGAAAAGAAGUCGUAGGAAUGGUGCUCAUAUUCAUUUAUCUCCUCCUGCACAUCAAUACCCUCAGUCAUUUUAA